CUAAAAAAAAAACACAACUCCGGCUCCUCCUUCUCCUGGCUGGAAUGGGUUCCGGAAAUUGACAAACUCGUGAUGUUAGGGCACAAGCGAUAGAUGGUCAGAGAGGGAUGAAUAGGAAAAUGUAACGUGAAAGCGAAGGAAAAAUGACAUUUCUUUGAUUUAGUGGCAACUUGACGACAACACCAUGGAAUACAGUUGGGCUUCUUCAGUGUCCAGCAUUCUUGUUUGAAAGGGCAGUGAAAUCCUCCCAGCUUUUACGGACGAUCUCAGUUUCUCCACUCUGGAUUUUCCAACCCUAGCUAUAAACAUGAAACACCUGGCUUUGGAUCAGUUAGCAGACCUAGGCGAGUUUACUGGCGGCGGAGACUUGACGGAGUAUUUAAAACAGAGUAAUAUGAAGAGCUGUAAUUGGAGUGCUUUGCGCGAUAUCCGGAUUAGCCCAGACGGGCAACACAUCCAUGUUAUUCUCCACAAGCCAAAAGGUGGUCUCAUGACUUUUGACAGAUUGCAAAGAACUCACCAGCUGCAAAACCACAAGCACCUCGACUUGGGUUCGGGCACGUCCGGGAAGAUCGUGGACCUCGUCUAUUUAGGACAACGCGAUAAAGACGGGGGAUCGUCGGACCUCGCAGUGGUUCAGGAGAAUGGAGGAGUAGAGUUCUGGAGAUACGAGGAGUGCAAAGCGGGUUGGUAUUUGCAGCAAACAUCAGAAUUGUGUAACAGCCCGAGGGCUAAAGUAGUUUCUGUCUGUGCCAGUGGAAAUGUCAUAAUCUGGUCUGAGGAGAGACCCCCUUCAGAAAGCUCUUUAUCUUCCACUGCAGCCCGUAAUAACUUCCAAUACUGCAUUUGCACACGGACAUACGAACUGGAGGAGCGAGGGGUCUGUUUGGGGGGCGUAAAUAUAAUGUUACACAAUAGUCCGCGGUACGCAGUGAUCGCUUCGGCCGACAACGUUUACCUUCUGCCGGAUAAUAACGAGACAAAACUCAGCAGCAUCUCCAAAUUCUUUUUGACUUGGUCCCCAGACCCGGACAGCAUUACGGUAAGUAGUGCGUGUAAGGGGACCCUCCUGAGGAAAGACUUGCAUCUCAGCAAAGAAUCUGAUUUUAAGAGGCUGAUUUCAGACUGUGUUGGUCUGCUGUCUACUAUCAACCCUCCAGAAAUCAUUGCCUUUUCAGCUACUGGAUGUGGUGGGCUGCUAGUGCUUCUGGGCUCAGGGUGGAUCAGCAUGUUACAGAAAGAUGGUGUUCUCAGACGGAUCUAUAAACUUGCAGACAAUUGCUUGUACGACUGCUCUCUGUGUAGCAGCAUGCAUGUCUAUGGUGGCGUUCUAGCCCUUACUGUGGACAGGACUCUUUAUUUAAUUGACAUUAGAUGUGGCACAGAACUGGAAAAAAUCCCUUUAAAGAAAGAGGGAGUUCUCUUUGUGAAUUGCAGGGAGAGGAACGUGCCUCACCUGUUAACAGAGUCUGGGUUGUUUGUGGCCAAACAAAGAGAGAGAGAUUUGAGUCCUAAGACGCCGGGUCACUCGGAAAGUAUCAGCCCUGAGUCUCUCUUGGUGGAAGCGGUCUUUGAGGAAGCCUGCAAAUACUACCAGCGCCGAAGCCUGAGCAGCACGCAGCUGACAGUGGAGAAGCUGAAAAGUGGGGGCAUGUUCCAGGCUCCCAUCGCCCUCUCCUCUAUCCUGAAAGGAUACCUAAAGACCCAAAAGACCGGUGAGCGAAUCCUGGGAGGCACCAGUGGCACUUAUACAAAACUGCUGAGCUCGCUGGAUGCUGAGCUAAAGAGCUUAGUGGCCUUGGAAGAGUUGAAGUCAUCACUGGUCAAAGCCUCAGAAACUGAGCUGGCUCUUCACUGCGAGAACCUAGUAAGUGAAGAGGUCAGUCGGCUCUUAUGCACAGAACUGGACCGGGAGAACCUGCUCUACCUGAAUGUGAUCUUCAGCACCUUCCCCCUGGAGUCCUGGCAAGCCCUGCAGAUGGUCCUGCAGCUCAGGUCCUAUGAGGAGGGCUCUCUCUCAGCCAAGGCAGCCCCCGAGGUGUGGAAGACAGUCCUGAGCCCUGUUCCAGCAGGGCAUGCCACCCCACCCAAUGGGCAGCAGUGCCCACCUGCGAAUGGGGCGGUACCUGUCUUUGAGCUCAUCUGCCAAUCUCUUUUCAGGUUCCAACCCAGGUGGCUGCCCCGGUUUGUGGAAUUAGCCCAGCAGCAGCAGGCUGGCAUCUCCUCCUGGAACUAUGGGGCAAAGGACAGCCCUGACAGUCCGCCUCUGUACAAGCGGGCCCUGGCCAUACUGCCGGAGAAAGCAGAGUACCAGGAGGUCGAGGUGGAGCUGCUGCUGUGCAGCCAGCGGCCCAACGCCGUCAUGCAGGCCCUGCGCCUCCUCAUGCAGUUGGGAAAGUGGGGGCAGGUCGCUCAGGUGGCGGAGAGGUUCUGCCAGCAGAGCCCCCUGCUCAAUAAGGAGAUCUUCACCACUCUCCUGGGGGAGUUGUCCCAGCACAGGGACCUGGACCCCUACUUGGACCUGCUCUGGACCCUGUGUCCCGAGGACCUCACCGUGACCAGCAUCCUGAACAUUGUCCUGAAGAACCUUCCUCCCUCCACGCCGGAGCGCGGGCCCUUCCAAACCGACGGCAGCCACCUGACCGUGGGGCUGCUGAAGCCGCUGCUCAGCAAAGUGCUGCAGAGAGAGACAAAGCCCAGCCAGAGGUACGCCGAUAUCCUCCAGUCGCCCUCCUUUCCCCCUCCCACACCCCCUCGACGGGUGAAGGGGCCGCCAAGGGCCGUCACCGAGCCGGCCAUGGAUUACCAGGAUCCCAGACCUAGGACUCCCCCUGUGCCCCCCGUCACGACGGCCUCCCCCUCGUGAUUUCAGCUUUCCCACUCAAGCACUCGUGCCCCGUCUUUCCACUUCUGCUCCGUAGCCCCACUCACAACUGUGUGUGAUCGAAUAAAUAUCUCUAAAUAUAUACAUGGCAAAUGUUCAUUGGGUUUGCAGUGGAUACAUGCACAUCCGCAGCAGGGAGAGCACGUCAAACGCCAAAAAAGUCUUGACUUUAAGUGACUGUAACGGGUCUUUCCAUGUAAUUACCCAAACCUUUCAAAUCCAAUUUCAGACUGUGUUGACUGUCCCAGACUGGCACAGAGUAAUGUGGAGUUCAUUACAGUGGCGUGAUUUGACACGGGUUGGGUUAAAAGAACUGCUCUGUUUCAGAUAAAGGUCCUGAAUUUCACAGCCGGGUUAGAUGAAUUCUUCAAAACCUUUUGACAGUCCGAUGCACGUUCUGUGUAUUUGAUUUAAAUUUGUGCUGGAAUGUUUCGCCUCAAGGUUCAGAUUGGAAUUUGGGUCUUAUUUACUAAGUUGCUUGACUUCAUAGAGAUCCUUUUUCAGUCAUUGAAAUGAAAAUGUGUUUGUGGGGAUUUUGUGCAUUUGUGAUUAGCUAAAUGUAUUUAACUUUAAAGAAAGAGUUUAAUUUGUCACUGAAGUGUUGUUGCAGUGUUACUAGAGGCACUGUUUUUUUUUAAUUGUGUGCAGCAUCACUUAUUAUGGCACUAUUUUAAAUAGCCUAUAUAAUACUGAGAUUGAAUUUCAAGAUUUGAGUUUCAGAUCUUUAUUUAAAAAUGCACAUUGUCCAGUAGCCUAGUAAAUCUGACUCUGUUUGAAAACCCUGGGAACGUUGCACCAUUCUUUGUAUGAAGUUGAGUGGACUUUAAAACCAUGAAUCACACUGCCGUAUGUAUCAUAAGAUAUAGGUACAAUAAAACUGUUUUACUGACAGUUUUGUUACCCUAAAAAUAACAAUAAAAUGACUGUAAUAGAAUCGAAUUAAAAAAACAAAAUGUAUUGACACUCAAUCUCAGCGGUACACAGAGGUGUACAGUCUAUAACGGCAUAUCAACUGAGAAGAUAGCAUUUUUAAAUCUUGUGGGCAUUACAGCACAUUAAUUUUAACACCCUUUUUUAUCAUGGAAAAUGAAAUCUUAAAAGACAAACCAAAAUAAAAGCAUUUUAAUUUUAUUGGCACUUAAAUUAGUACGUUUCUGAGCUAUUUCUGCCACUCUCCAACAUUUUUCAUUAGGAGGAGAACAGGGUUAACUGUUCGGUUAUGGUCUUAUAGUAUUGUCUCGUUGUAGUGUCUGGAUGUGAUGUGUGGUGUCUGGAAGGGUUAAUCAUAUCGUGGUUACUGAUGCUAGAACCUAAAGACUGUGUGGCAGAAGAGAUGCUUACUAAAUGUUAUCCAUUGAUGGUUGAACACAAAAAGAGCAUUAUUAAAGUUCAGGCUUUCUGGCUGUUUAAUGGUUGACUACUUAAACUGUGUAAUCCAUGAAAAUACUGUAUGUAAUUUAACGACUUGUGUAUUCGUACAUUUCUGUGUAUUUUUGCUGUAUUUCCAUGCAGUAUUUAUACUCAGAUGUAUAAAAACUCUUCCUCAUUAAAUGUUCAGAUUUGACAUUAAAAAAAAAAACAAAUACAAAAAAAAAGGAACAGAUAAUAACAUCUGGUAGUUUGGACAAAGGGCCUGAUGCCCUCACUUGUUUUUAAACCUGAGAGGGGUUUAUAUACUGUAUAGUUGUAUGUCCAUGAUUUGUUGGUAUGCCACACUUGCAAAAGUAGCUUUAAUUCUUCAACUUUUCAAGGUUAAGUAAAAACUAAAUAUGCACAGUUAAAUCAUUGCUGUGGUGCAAGUGUUUACACUCGGCUGUAGCAAAAGAACUGCAUAAAAUCUUAUUUCUGUGAUGUAGAUAUUAGUUGACACAAAGUUCAAAUGAAAAACAGCCAUGCUGUUAUAAAGUGUAAUUAAGAUUUAUAAUUUACGAUUCCUGCUUCUACCUUAAUUUCCAGAGGUAUUUGUGCCAAUAAUUGUUCUGUCAGAUUCCCAGCAGGUCUGACGUAGUCAGGUAAUUACCUGUCUGGAGUGCCACUCUGCUUCCUGGGCAAGAUUGUUUUUAAACAAGAUAUUAUGAUUUAGCGAUACAGGAGACAGAUGAACACUAAGGAGACUUCAUUGUAACAUUUGAUAGUCUUGCCUUUGAACACCACCGAUCUCUGCGGGACAAAGUGCAUUAAUAAUUACCCCCGCUCCGUCAUGAAACUUAGAAAGACGUUGACAGCGUCAACCCAGUAGACCUGAACGUUAAUAGUGAAACACAAACCAGAUGACACAAGUGAACAUACAGAGGAAUGCAUUUGAAAAUGAGAACAGAAGGCACUUUUUUUUCUACACAUGCAGUAGUAGCCAGCCAUGUUAUCAAAGUCAAUAACCUGGCUUUCAGGGAGCAUCUACAGCAGGAGAUCUGAUGAUCUCAAUUAGCUACUAGCAAGCAAAUGAGCUAGAUGGGUCAAAUGGCUUCCUUGUUUUCUAACCUUUCUUCUGUUUGUUUUUUUACUGACAAAAUGUCCAUAACGCAACAAUAAACAACAUUGUUUUUUUUUUCUUUCAUUGCUAGAAGGCUGCAUUUUUGUUAUCAUACUGUAAAGUGAAUAAUAAGAGCUUCAUCACAAAAGGCCAUGAGGCAGGGAGAAGGCUGCAGUGGGAGGGUAAAACUUUGUCUUUUCUACUAGCAUGAGUGAUGCUAGUAGAGGUGAAAUGGGCUCCCAGGGGAUAUUUAAUCAAAUAAGAAAAGAACUACUAAAGAUAAUAUGUUGGUCAAUAAAAGUGGCAGGA